GUGCGCUGAUCGGCUGCGCACCGGGCUCCGCUAACCGCUCUGUCCGCACCGCGCCGCGCCGCGCCGCGCCGCGCCGCGCCAACAUGGACGGCACCAACAACACCACAGCCUGGCUCGACUUCCCCAACUCCACCGAACCUGCUGCCGCCGCGGGCGCGGAGGUCAGGCUGAGCUCCCAGCUGCUCACCUCGGUCCUGCUCGGCGCGCUCAUCCUGUGCGCAGCCUUCGGGAACGGCUGCGUGGUGGCGGCCAUCGCGCUGGAGCGCUCCCUGCAGAACGUGGCCAACUACCUGAUCGGCUCCCUGGCCGUCACCGACCUGAUGGUGUCGGUGCUGGUGCUGCCCAUGGCGGCGCUCUACCAGGUUCUGGACCGCUGGACGCUCGGCCCGGUGCCGUGCGACAUCUUCAUCUCCCUGGACAUGGUGUGCUGCACCUCAUCCAUCCUGCACCUGUGCGCCAUCGCUCUGGACCGCUACUGGGCCAUCACCGAGCCCAUCGACUACAUGAAGAAGCGGACGCCGAGGCGAGCCGCGGUUCUGAUCAGCGUCACCUGGAUAGUCGGGUUCUCCAUCUCGGUGCCGCCGAUGCUGGUGAUGCGCUCCCAGCCGAGCGGCGACGCGGAGGACCAACAUAGCCAGAUGGAGUGCAAGAUCCGGCAGGACCCGUGGUACACGAUAUACUCCACGUUCGGCGCGUUUUACAUCCCGCUGACGCUGAUGCUGGUUCUGUACGGGCGGAUUUUCAAAGCGGCGCGGUUCCGGAUCAGGAGGACUGUGCGUAAAACCGAGAAGAAGAAAGUGUCCGACUCGUGCCUGGCGCUGUCGCCGGCGCUCUUCCACAAGAAGCCGCAGGGUGACGCGCAGCAGGGCAAGAGCUGGAAGCGCAGCGUGGAGCCGCGGCCGCCGCUUCCGCCGAGCGUCAACGGCGCGGUGAAGCACGCCGACGACGGCGAGUCUCUGGAGAUCAUCGAGGUGCACAGCAGCUCCAAGGGCCACCUGCCGCUGCCCAACACCCCGAGCUCCGCGCCGCUGUUCGAGAGCCGCCACGAAAAGGCGACGGAGGCCAAGCGGAAGAUCGCGCUGGCGCGGGAGCGGAAGACGGUGAAGACGCUGGGCAUCAUCAUGGGCACCUUCAUCCUCUGCUGGCUGCCCUUCUUCAUCGUGGCGCUGGUGAUGCCGUUCUGCCGGGAGGCGUGCUACAUGCCCGGCUGGCUGGAGGCCGUCAUCAACUGGCUGGGAUACUCCAACUCCCUGCUCAACCCCAUCAUCUACGCUUACUUCAACAAAGACUUCCAGAGCGCCUUCAAGAAAAUCAUCAAGUGUCAUUUCUGCAAACCCUGAAGAAUCAGAACCGAACCGGAACAGAAACUCGUGUCGAUAAUCAUCGUUAAAUAUAUCAGACUGUCUGUAGACUCAGCAUAGAUGAAGCUGUGAUCGAGGCUCAUGUUCGUGUUCAU